AUGCCACUCCAUCAUCCCUCGCUAAAUGCCCACCACUUUUCCUGGCGGUCGAUUUUCAACAGUAAAAAGGACCGUCGCUUCAGUUCCGCCUCGACUACUCUCUAUGAAAAGGUCCCCAACACUUAUCCUCCCUCAGAGCAAAGAUCCACACCUCAGGCAUCCAUUCCGGAACCGUCACCAUCCCCAACACCUUCACCAACACAAACCACUUUCAUCUGGCAGGACAUCAACCCCCCAACUGAAGCAGACGACCUCCUCUCAGACAACGACGACGACGAUACCCUCCCAUCUUACAUCACCACAACCUCAACCACAACCUCCACCACACCCACAGAGAAAGACAAAGACCUCUCACCAGAACUCAAAACCAUGAUCGACACCACCAAACAAGCCCUCCACUCCCAACUCACCAACCCCUCUACCCCUCCUACCUCCCUCCCCGGCUACAACGAUGUCUCCGGUGCCGUUGUCGUCGACUGGGACGGACUUCCGCAUUUUCUCUCCCCCCAGGAAGAAGAAGAUAGGAAGAUGAAGCUCCAGCGCGCUGUCCAAGAGAGAAUGCUUGGGUUGCCUAGACGGACCGAGUUUCAGUGGCAGGGGGACGGGAGGAGUGCCUCGUUGCCGAAGUAUCCGUCUACUGAUGCUGGUGCUAUUGCUGAGGCGAAGGCGAGGAGGUCUUCGGUGAGGUGA